AUGGUCCUUACUCACCAACACGUUGACGCUUUCAACCGUUACUUAAAUACUACUGUAGGCCGUGAAAAACUUUGUCGUCUUGUGCAAUACUUUGCUCGUUUUUAUGCCUUUUACCUUUUCCGUAACGGUGCUCCCAAGGAAACCGUUCAACGUUGGGUUGACCUUAAGACUCACCUUGGUAACGGUCGUAAGUUCUUCCGUCUCUUGAAGCCUGUUGAAUUUGCUCAAACUGGUGUCAAAAGCUUGACUAUUAAGGAUGAAGUUUUGCGUUAUACUACUGUUGCUAAACAAGUUGGUAUGUUUUUUUACUAUAUGAGUGAAGUGUUUGUUUUGUCCAAUUCAAUCAACUUUUAUAAGAUUUCUAAUAUUAAGCAAAUUACUGAGUUUGGUCAAAAGUGUUGGUUCUUUGCUAUCGCUGCAUCCCUUCUUUCUGGCUUAUAUAAAUCAAAGCAACUGAAAGUUCGUGAACAUAUGCUUGAAAAGUCACGUAAGGCCAUUGUCAAUACUGAAGAGAAAUCAGAGGCUCAAAUUGCUGAAUUAAAGGCACAAGAAAAAGCAUUGGCACAAGAUAAAUACAACACUAGAUAUGCUUUUAUUCAAGAUGCUGUUGAUAUCGUUAUUCCUUCUGCUGGUUUAGGUUAUUUGAAAGUUGAUGAAGGAAUUGUUGGUUUAGCUGGUAUGAUCACCUCGGCAUUAGCUAUGAACACUCAAUGGAAAAAACUGAAUGGUUAA